AUGGAGAUGGAGCGACUGUUUCAACUGCUGGCUGAGAGCCAGGAGCGCCAGCAGGCCGCCCACGUUCACCAGCAGCAGCAGCAGCAGCAGCAGCAGCAGCUCAUUCAGCAGCUGGGGGACCGGCUGCAGCAACUUGUGACCGCGGUGCCGCACCCCGUGGACCUGCAGCCAAGGGACGGGGCUGGGUCGCCCCGCAGCGCCAUCCCGGUACGACUAACCAAGAUGGGUCCCGACGAUGACCCUGAGGCGUUCUUGGUUACGUUCGAGUGGGUGGCGCUGGUCGCGGGGUGGCCCCAGGCCCAAUGGGCCACGCUUCUGGCCCCCUACCUCACAGGGACCGCCCAGACGGCGUAUAGAGGGCUGGCUACGGAAGACGCAAGAGAUUAUAGCUGGGUGAAGGCCGCAAUCUUGGACGCCUUAGAUGUCAGCCCGGAGACAUUUCGGCAGCGGUUCCGGAGCCAAAUGUAUUCCACGGACACCAGACCCAGGCUGGUGGCCCAAGCCCUGAAGAAGGCAUGUAGGCGGUGGCUACAGCCAGAAACGAGGACCGCGGAGGAGGUUACAGAACAAGUUGUCCUCGAACAAUUUGUACACAUUCUCCCGACGCGAGGACGGGCCUGGGUGCUCCGGCGACAUUAG